CCCAAAAGCUGGAAAAAAUUAGAAGUGUCCACCUCCACCCAUACCCUUUUCAAUAGCGAAAUAUUCCGGUAUUUAUUGGAGCGGAUUGAUUUUGUUCUCGAGUUCUUACUUCUUCGGUGCAGGGUUUUGACCGAAAUUCGCUUCGGGCGUUCAUUCGCCUUUUUACCUUUGUGGCGGAAUCAUAUCAUAUGGUCAACCAAUAAUCAAAUCAUAUGGUGGUGAUUCAAAUCCCUUACUCAUUUGUACGGCAGGUAUGUUGACUGGUUGUGACAACCACCUGUAUACCAAAGGAAAGCCCUCAAGUCUAAGCCUUUAGUACUUGUUGUGUUGUAGCCCUUUUGCACGCACCCUUUCCUGAGGAGAGAAAGACAGGUGAAAGUAACAUUGAGGGUCGGCCAUGGAACGCAAGAGGGAUGAGGCCAUCAGGGCAAAAAGACUCGCCGAGAAGAAAUUGGGUGAUAAAGAUUUUGCUGCUUCAAAGAAAUAUACAGUAAAGGCCCAAACCCUGUGUCCUGAUCUUGAUGGCAUCUCUCAGAUGUCCACCAUUCUUGAUGUGUAUAUAUCUGCAGAGAACAAGGUAAAUGGUGAAUUCGAUUGGUAUGGGAUACUCGGUGUAAACCCGUGUGAUGAUGAUGAGACAAUCAGGAAACAGUACAGAAAGCUGGCUCUCAUGCUGCACCCUGAUAAAAACAAAUCGGUUGGUGCAGAUGGAGCAUUUAAACUUAUUUCUGAAGCAUGGAGUUUGUUGUCUGACAAGGCUAAAAGAUCAUCCUAUAACCAAAGGAGGAAAGUUCCAUCAGCAUCCCCUGGUGCUGGUGUAAACAAUUUUGCAAAGCGGGGUGCAGCUUCAAAAGUACAAAAGUCCCACACCUCCACCACUACUACUUUUUGGACUGUUUGCCAUGGAUGCAGGAUGCAAUAUGAAUACCUAAAAAUAUAUCUCAAUCAAACACUCCUAUGUCCCAAUUGUCAGGAGCCUUUUUUGGCUAAAGAGAGUGCACCACCUGUUAAUUUUAAGAAAUCGGUUGCACACCAACACCAACAGCAUCAGGAUUCAAUGAAGCAAUAUCAUUCAUCAAACAACACAGAUAGUAGCUUCUGCAACACAGACCCUUCCAUUGCAUCAAAAGCAGCAAAUGUUAUCCAGCGGGUGAAUGAGAGAUUGAAAAGAGAGCGUGAAGAGUUGUCCAUGGGAAACCACUCAAAAAAUAGAAAAGCAGAUGAUAGUGACAUCAAGCAGCAGUCUUCUUCUUUUAACACCACGUAUCAAAUGUCCUCAAGAAAUACAUUUGGGACUGGGAUCAUAAGAACAAAUGGUUUUGAGACUGAUGUGGGAUAUAAAAUUUGGAAUAGCACCAGAGAGUUGACCGUAGUUGAAACUCGAAACAUGCUAAUGAAGAAAGCCCAGAAGGAGAUUAGAAAAUGGCUUUCAGAUGCGAGGAAGGAAACCACAAAACUUCCUGCAGAUAAUGUUAACUGUAGUACAAAUAAAACCAUGUCCAUGGAUGACAUGCAAGAAGAAGAAAAAGAACAUGAGCCUGCAAUGAGUGUUCCUGAUCCUGACUUUCACAAUUUUGAUUCGGAUCGAACGGAAAAUUCAUUUCAAGACUACCAGGUGUGGUCUGCGUAUGAUGAUGAUGAUGGCAUGCCACGCUUCUAUGCGUUGAUUCAUAAAGUGAUCUCAAGGAAACCACUUCAGAUGAAAAUCAGUUGGCUCAACUCAAAAACAACCGCUGAAUUUGGGAAGAUGGAAUGGAUAGGUUCAGGUUUCAGGAAGACAUGCGGGGAGUUCCGGGUCGGAAAGUUUCAAAUCAAUACAUCUUUAAAUUCAUUCUCUCAGAAGGUUAAAUUUACGAAAACGCCACGAGGGUCUGUUGUUAUACACCCUAAAAAAGGGGACGUGUGGGCCCUCUACAGAAACUGGUCCAGUGAUUGGAACGAAAGCAUUCCAGAUCAUGUGAUUCACCAGUAUGACAUGGUGGAAGUAGUUGCUGACUAUAACCAAGAAGAAGAAGAAGAAGGUGGUACUGGUGUCUCUGUCAGACCUCUUGUGAAGCUGACUGGAUUUAGGACGGUUUUCUGUCCAGAUUCAGACAGGAGUCAGGUUAAGAAGAUACCAAAAGAAGAAAUGUUUCGAUUCUCGCAUCAAGUCCCAAAGUAUUUGCUUACAGGUAAAGAAGCUUUUAAUUCUCCAAAAGGCUACCUGGAACUGGAUCCUGCAGCUACCCCAUUGGACCUUAUUCAAACAACAACCUAAUCACCAUCAUCAUGCCUGAGAGAGAGAGAGAGAGAGAAUAAAUCAACAAAAUGGACAGUCAGACUAAUAGGAUAGUCAUCAGCAGAGGUAUAAAAAAAUUGUAUUCUAUUUUUUCCUUUAGUAAUGUUUUAUAUAUAUAUGAAAAAAAAAAAAAAAAAGAGUUUAGUUCA